AUGGACAGGGAAAGCUGGUUGCCGGGUUAUUUCUCAAGGAACAUGGAACGGAAAAACCUGGGGUGUUUCGCCUCAGCGGAUCGAUCGCUCGAGUGCGAGAGCUUCAAGCAGCUUUUGAGAGUCCUCCAAAGGAACCUGUUGUCCAGCAACCGAACAAUGGCAAGCUUCGAGAUGCGAUAA